AUGCAGCGGCCAGUGUUUCUGCUCUUCACGGGCACCAUCGCAUUCUUUAUGAAAAGCUUUCCUUGGGGCUUGGCCGGGAUGGUGCCAGGCCGCACCUUGCAAGCUUGCUCUAAUACCCCACUCAAGAUAUUGUCAUGGAACGUGGCCGGCUUGAGGGCAAUGCUCACAAGAGAUGAAGGGGCGGAGCUGACUGCAGUCCUUUUGAGUGAGCAGCCCGACAUCACAUUUAUUCAGGAACACAAGCUGCAAGACACGCACGUGUCAAAGGCCGAGCCCAACCUCUUGCGGAUGUUUACCAGAAUAUGCGGUGGUGAACACUGCGCCUUGGGCAGCGCAAUAUUUACAACGUUCAAUCUCAAUCUAAUCUAG